CAGGCUGAUUGAGGACGACACGUGCUCGGUUCACGGCCGCGCAAAGCCGGCGUGCGGCUCUUCAGUGCUGCGGGGGAAUGGAACUUUAAACAUGCUCAGAUGCACUGUUUUCUCUUUGUAAACACACACACACACACACACAGGGUCUCAGCUGUAGCUGAAGCUCUCCGGCAUCCGCUCUCGAUCCGACUCCUUUUUUUUGUUUUUUUUGCCCUUUGCUUCCAGUGUUGGUGCCCGGGUGGGGUCGUGCAUGGAGAGCAAGGUCCGUAGACCUUGUAGGGAUGGUUGGCUAUGAUCCGGAUUCCGAGUGUAGCUCCCUUUCGACUCUGAAAGUAGCGGCGGCAGGAUCCGCUUCCGGAUUGGUCACUCGGGCAAUGAUCGGCCCUUUUGAUGUGCUGAAGAUUCGAUUUCAGCUUCAGAUAGAGCAGCUUUCCUCCAAAAAUCCACAUGCGAAGUAUCAUGGUAUCUGGCAGGCUGCUGGUAAGAUUUUUCAGGAGGAGGGGGUCACUGCAUUUUGGAAAGGUCAUGUCCCUGCUCAACUUCUUUCCAUCACAUAUGGGGCUGUCCAGUUUGUCAGCUUUGAAUUUCUGACGAAGCUGGCACACCAUGGCACAUCUUACGAUGCUCGUGACUUCACUGUGCACUUUAUCUGUGGCGGUCUGUCUGCUUGUGCUGCUACUAUAACAGUUCAGCCUCUUGACACAUUGCGCACUCGCUUGGCUGCCCAAGGAGAACCGAAGAUUUACAGGAACCUCCGCCAUGCUGUGGUCAGCAUGUACCAGAAGGAAGGGCUCCUGACUUUCUAUAGGGGACUCAGCCCAACCAUAAUUGCCAUUGUUCCUUAUGCCGGCUUCCAGUUUUCCUUCUACAGUCUCCUGAAGAGAGUGUACAACUGGAUUGUUCCAAGCGAAGAGAUGAAGAAAGGUAAUAUUAGAAACUUAGUGUGCGGCAGCUGUGCUGGUGUCCUCAGCAAAACCCUGACCUAUCCCUUUGACCUGUUCAAGAAGCGACUGCAAGUAGGUGGUUUUGAACAAGCCAGGGCAGCCUUCGGGCAGGUUCGAACCUACACUAGCAUCAUGGACUGUGCCCGACAGAUAAUCUUGGAUGAGGGACCCAGAGGAUUCUUCAAGGGCUUCUCCCCAAGCAUGUUGAAGGCUGCUUUCUCCACCGGCUUCACCUUUUUCUGGUAUGAGCUCUUUUGCAGUCUUCUGCUAACAAUGCAAGACUCUGGUGGUUCCAAGAAGCAAGAAGGCUAAUGCAAGCAAGACCUGCUACCUGCCUUCCCCUCCAGUGGAUGUUCUUAGAGUGUAAUUCUGGCAGCUGCAGCCAACAUCGUUGGGGAUUGAAGGGUGAGGCAAGACAUAUGGGACUGGAGAUUUGAGACAAGUGACUCUCAGCCCAAGCCCAGGAUGCACAUUACUCAAUGGUUUGGUUCAAAACAGAAACGGUGGCUGACCUCAACACCUGCUCAGGUUGCCUCUUUAGUCUGCAGUUGCAGCGUUUGUGAGUCUUGAUGAGGUUCAUCAUCAAGGCCUCUGAAGAUCUUUGCUGCAAAGGUGUGUCUACUUUUUCUACUGUUUCAUAACAGAGGGUUUCAAUCAGACCCCCGGGUCACAUAUCAAAAUCCCCUUUUGUGACCCUGAAAACUUUAUACCCUUAAACCGAACCGUAUAUUGACUAGUGGCUGGCCAGACUCCUCUAGCAUGGCCAUUUUGCAAUGCCUGUGAUAAGCUGGAUGUCCUGGCAUUUAGGGACAUUUGCUUAAUAGACAACUACCUGCCUUGGCCAUUCAGCCCCACAGUAAAAAUAUUACAGGUGUUCUGUCAGGUCAUUCCCCCAUUCGCUUGCCUCUUGGCUGAGGUUCUUGCAGGCCCUGUGAUUUUACAGUGUUUCAUUAGUGAGUAUGUGGAAAUUGUCUGUUGCCAAAAUCCUAAACGAAGUAGAGGAAGAUCUGCCUUUCUUUCCCUUCUGUGUUAGCAGGACCAUUAGAGUUCAUGGUUCCUCUUGCCCUACCCAUACAUAAAUAUAUUUUGCCACUGCUCCAAAUUCAAAAUAGAGGGCAAGCAUACAAGGGGAUUGUAAAUUCGACACUUCUAUUUUUGCACUAUCAACUUCUCCCUUCUUACUAAAACACAUAUGCUGGAUCUAAAUGCUUAAGAAGUUUUUGUUUUAAACUUUUACAUUUUGAAUCAAAGUGAUGAAAAAAUGGUGUUGACUACACAAUUAUUCAGUUUCAUUUUGUGAAAAGAUACAUCUUUUAAAUUAUUGUAAUGAUUUUUCUUAAAACAAUAUUUAUCCCCUGAUAGCUUUCUUUUCCCCCAAGAAGCAGCUCUGGAAUAACAACGGAAUUUUUUUUGCAGCAAACUCUUAACAUUUAGUGAAAAAAGAAUUGUUUGCCUGGCUGAAUUUGGCCAAUUUUAUAUAUAUAUAUGGAAGCUAUAAAGAAAAUUAAACAAUUGGUGCAAUCUUGUUGAAGUUUACUCAGAAAUAAAUCUCACUAUGCACAUUUAGAAUUGCAGCCUUUACUUUCCAAGUCAUGGAAAGAUAGAUUUCUCAGUUUCCUGGUACAUACUCUGUAUUUACAUU